UUCGGGGUUCCUUUCCAUUUAGAUCACCACAGAGCAUUGAGUAGAAUUUCCCUGAGCUAUAUGGUUACAGAGUUCAUCCUUUUGAUACAAGUACAUUUUCCUCAAAAUCUGUUGUUUUACAUCAUAUCUCAUGGUGUCUCGUAAGUCAAGGAAGGUAGUGAACAGCUUUUAGACAAUUUUCUUCUUUCCCAAGGAAUAUCAUUUCUUUUCCACCUCCGUACAGUCAAACCCUGAAUAUGAGAACCAGAAAAGUUGAAAAAAUGUCCCAAGAAGAAAUAUGCCAAUUCACUUUCCUUUUCUGGUUCCUAAAGUCUCCAAACACGUUUUCAGCGACCCAGUUCAGUGGGUUUUGGUGAUGACCUAGUGAUGGGUACCUAUCAACGGUCCAUGAAUACUUUUUGAAUGGAGAACUUUCUUUGAAGGUGUUUACCCAGAGACAAAUGAGAUCCCAAGUCACCAGAUUGAUUGGCCUCUCGCCUAGGUACUGUCCAAUCCCAAAGUUCACAGGUUUCCUCAUUUUCCUGCUCUGCGAAGUGAAGCGUCGGGUCCAUUGGCGGCAGCUGCGGUGACUGCCAGAGCUUCCCUUACGCCAUUUCUGUUUCAAGGCUGCAAGGAUGAGGGUGGCCAUCCCCAGGAGCCCCGGGACUGUGGCUGGAAUGGUGAUGGCUGUGUUCCUGGUGCUGAGGAUCCCCGAGGCUCACUGCGGAGACGCUCCGAAGAAUUUCGUGUACCAGUUUAAAGGCAUGUGCUACUUCACCAACGGGACAGAGCACGUGAGGCUUGUGGCCAGACAGAUCUACAACAAAGAAGAGAUCCUGCACUUUGACAGUGACCUGGGCGAGUUUGUGGCUGUUACAGAGCUGGGCCGGGUGUGUGCGGAGAUCUGGAACACCCAGAAGGACCUCCUGGCGGAGUUUCGGGCCUACGUGGAGACGCUGUGUAGACACAACUACAAGGAGACGGCCGGCUUCACUGUCCAGCGGAGAGUGGAGCCUACAGUGACUGUCUCUCCAGCCAGUACAGAGGCCCUGAACCACCAUAAUCUGCUGGUCUGUUCAGUGACAAAUUUCUAUCCUCGCCAAGUUAAAGUCAAAUGGUUCCAGAAUCAACAGGAGCAGACAGCUGGAGUUGGGUUCACACCUCUUACUCAGAAUGGGGACUGGACCUACCAGAUUCACGUGAUGCUAGAGACAAUACCACAGCUUGGAGACGUCUAUGUUUGCCACGUGGACCACCCCAGCCUCCAGAGCCCCAUCACAGUAGAAUGGCGGGCACAGUCUGAAUCUGCCCAGAGCAAGAUGCAGAGCGGAAUUGGAGGUUUUGUGCUGGGGCUGAUCUUCCUUGGUGUGGGCCUUUUUGUCCACUUUUGGGAUAAGAGAGCUAGCCGAUCCUGAGGCCUCAUCCACAGGGUUCUUCUUCCUGGGGUCUGUCAUGACUCUUCUCUGAUCUUGUCCUGCGAUUCUUCUCCGGACCUGUGAACAAGCCAGCUCCGCCCGCAUCAUCCAUCAGGACCUGACUCUCGGUGACCCAGAAGCAGCUGUCACAUGCUCUUUUUGUUUCGAUUUUUCCUGGAUUUCUGCCCAUGACUCGGCUCUCCUCUUUGGCUCUCUGAGCUGCCUGCUGAUCUGUUUGAACCAUAAAUACCCUCAACAGGCAUUGCUGAUCUUGUUCUCUUCUGAAGACUGCCCGUGAAUUCAGUGUCAGACUCUUUUAUCUUUCCAUCAAAUAGUUUUCAAAAUUAAAUAGAU